AUGCGGGCGGCGCUGGCAGCGUGGCUGGUGCUGACCCUGCUGGGGGGGACAGGGGCCGAGGACACGUGCGGGGACCCCCCCGCAGCCCCGUCCCGCUCCGUCCCCGCGCCCCAGCUGAGCCCCGAGGAGCGGCUCUCGCCCCACAUGCCCGAAUCGCUGCGCUGUGACGCCUGCCACGCCAUCGCCUUCCAGAUUGAGGAGCAGCUGCGCAAGGCAGAAGGGAAGGUGGGCAAGAAGGCUCUGAAGGAGUCGGACUACAUAGAGGUGCUGGAGAGGAGCUGCUCGCAGGACUGGGAGAGUUACGGGGUGCUGGAGCUGGACGGGCAGAAGCGGCUGUCGGGGCCGGGGCUGCCGAGCCAGCAGUCCCUGAGCGUGCUGGUGUCGGGGGGACCGUGGCCGGGCAGGCUCUCCAAGCUGUGCCUCGGCUACGUGGGCGAGCGGGGCGAGGCGCAGAUUUACAGCGCGCACCGGCGGGGCCCGGCCGCGCUGCGGCAGCUGCUGUGCCACGGCGACAAGGGACCGUGCGCCGGCCGCAAGGAGCGCCCGGAGCCCCGCAAGGCGCCGCAGAACGAGCUGUAG